CUCCCCCUUCUGUGGUGGGACAGCAGGAGAACAGCAUGGACGUUAGCAGAUAGACAGUGGGAGAGGAAGAGAAGGGAGCUGGCCAGACUCCCCAGGACCAGGAGACAAUCUGGAACAGGUCUAGAAAAUGACUGCCGUGCUCACGGAAAGCAGAAUCGCAAGGAAGCAGUCAGUGGGAGUGUGAAUGAAGAUUUCACAAUCUUAUCCCCAAGAAGGAGAGCAAGCCUCCUGCCUGCUAUCUUGGGUGUGAAUAGGUGUUUCUUGGUAGUGAAAGAAAAGGGAGAUAUAUGAAGUGCUGAAUUUCUGACAGUGCGGAGCAGAAUCCCUUAAGGAGAGGGACCCUUCCUCAUGGCCUAUAAAAGCCAAACUGGUGAAAUUGAGAAAAACAGUUCCCUUCCCUCGAUCUUCUGUUGUAAGAGUGAUUUAAAUGAAGGAUCCCUUCAGUGGGCAAAAGAACCCCGCAAUGGCCAGGUCCUCAUGGUACUCAGCAUGGGCAAUAACUGCUCGGCCACCUCCUUUGACAUGGAGCUUUGUGCAGAGAAGUUGAAAUCCCUUGGGAUCCAGGUGGCAGGUGAUCGGUGGAGCAGGCUGAUUCAGGAUGCUGUUCUGAAGCCCCAAGUGAGGCGGUACAUGUUUUACAACUCCAGGGCGUUCCAAAUAGCCAUUGCUGUGAUUUUCUAUGUGUCUCUCUGGACAAAUAUUUACUCCACAAUACAGCUGUAUUCCUUUGGACGCUCCUGGGAGGCCAGCAUGCUGGUGACCAUAGCUGCUGUGGCAGUCACAGUAGUCAUGAUACUGAUUAUUGACCGACGCCAAAGGAAGAUAAAUGUGAAUACAGAUAUGAGGCUGGCAGCUGUCAAUGAAAUCUUUAUCGAACACAAUUUAAUUCUAGGGAUUACAGAUGUCCUGCAUGGGCCACACAAUGUCCUACAGCUGUGGUUUGUGCACUUCAGCCCAGAGCAGUGCCUGCAGUCCUUAUCGGCCCGCCUCGCGGACCUGCGCAGGAAGCAAGAGUCACACCUGCGGCACAGCCUGGACCAGCUCUGUGUUGUUAUGGAGACAGCAGUUCAGCCUGAUCUAGGCAAAGUAGAGCAGGUCUCAUCUGAAGAAUCCCCUCUUUUAUCCAGUGGAGUGAACUUAAAGAAAGAGCCUGUGACAUGCAAUGAGUUACUCUGCCUCAUUCCAGAGGGCCCACCGGAGGUGAUGGCCCAGCAGCUGCUGGUGAUCUUCAGUGGCUGCUACGUCCGGCUCCUGGUCAGUGGUCAGCUCCCUCAGGCCUUGGCAGCAGGGCACAUGGAGCACAGGAAAGUGCCCUGUCUAUGCCAGUUCAUAGAGACCAGUGCGCUCAACACCAGACAGUGCUGGUUCAUGAGCAGGUGACUGGAGGGGGCUGGAGAAAGCUGAAAUAAAAACUAUCCGUGUACAAUGGUGUGAAGAAGCUGUGCGGCAGCGAAUGAUCAUCCUGGACUUAUGUGGAUGAACGAGUGGCAAUAUGAAUCUAAUAAAACAUACAAAUUGCUCAUCAGAAA